AUGAAGGACAAAAGGUUGGAGUUGAAGCUGAGUGUCCGCGGAGAUGGCUCGCUAAGCCGUGGCAGCAACCGCAGCAGCACUAGAAGCAACCGGAGCAACGUCAGCAGUAACGGUCCCGCACUGCCGGUGAGCGAGAUAUUCGCGACCGAUCGCUUCUCGGCGCCCCAGCACCAGCCCUUCGACAUACGGGACAGGUACCAGAGGCAGCCCAUCCAGCAUGCAUACCCAGCGCAGAGCCUGCAAACCUUGAAUCAUUACGAUCAAUCGCAGCGCUAUCAAGACAACGCCCGCGGCCGAAACAAUCCCUACGUAGACACUGAGCCGGUGCAUCACAACGGUGGAUAUGGACAUCCGCCCAAUUUCCAGUAUCAGUCGGUGUACGAUGAUCGCCACAAUCGAAUUUACUCGUCCUUGAGCCGUCCCGACAUACGCGGCCAAGAGACUCGAGAGUACAACACACUGCCGCGCUCCAUACUGCAACGCGAGCAGCCCAGAGCACACCCCUAUGGCAGCUAUCCGCGGCAGACAUGGCACCAAGAACACGAGGACAAUGCUCACUACUACAACUCGCUUCCUCGUUACGCGCAAGACUACGUCGGUUUCAACGCAGGUCCUGGACAUUACACGCUGCCCACCGUGCGUAGAGUGCGCAUCAGCGAACAUCAGCCGGUUGUGUAUGGAUAUGGCGAAUCGGUCUCCGAUCGGGCGGAGAGCGAGGCGCGCGUGGCGACGGAACAGCGCUGCAUCGAGGUGCGGAUAGCGCGCGCCGCGGGCGGCCUCGGCCUGAGCAUCGCCGGCGGCCGCGGCUCCACGCCCUACGUGGGCGACGACGACGGCAUCUUCAUAUCGCGCGUCACGCCCAACGGGCCGGCUUACAUGGCCGGCCUAAGGGUUGGCGACAAAGUUCUAUCAGUUAACGGCACUUCCGUGGUAGAGGUCGACCAUUAUUACGCCGUGGAGGUGUUGAAGGCGAGUGGGCCCGUUCUAACACUUGUCGUGACAAGGGACACACCGAAUUCCACCAGAACUCAUAGCCGAGCGCCGAGCGGUGCGAGCCACCAUUCUGUGUCCAGUACCACCGACACCGUAUCCACUUUAGAGAACGGACAGGUCCCAACCGGUCGGGGCAUCAUGAAGCCGCUCAUCAUCAGCAACCAGUACGCGCAGGACCAACCGGCCCCGAACACCUACCAACGGCUGCAAGCGUCACCGCCGCCGCCGCAAACGCAGCCUUACGUCCCUCCAGUGUACCAGCAGAAGGUGCUCGUCCACACCACGUUGAUCCGCGACGGCGCCGGCCUCGGCUUCAGCAUCGCGGGCGGCAAGGGCUCCCCGCCCUACAGGGAGGACAGCGACGCCAUCUACAUAUCGCGCAUAUCGCCCCAGGGCGCCGCCGCCAAGGACGGCAAGAUGCAGGUCGGCGACAAAGUCAUCUCGAUCAACGGCGUAGAAAUGGAGAACGCGCGGCACGAAGCGGCCGUUGCUCUACUUACGGGACAUGAGCGCUUCGUGCGACUAGUUCUGCAGCGAACCAUUACUUCCGACCAGGCUGAAACUCUCUCGAGGAAGUCGAUAUCGGAAGAGGUCAGGGAGCACAGGACGAGCUUGACGAACGUAAGCGCUGCGUCGGCGCCCAAACCCAGCAACCACGUGGCCGCACCGCUUCCCGGGAACCACACGCUGCCGAAAGCCGCCGGUGCGGCCGCCGCAAAGACCACGCCGAUCUCGAGCGGACCAGCGCACUCGGCCCCUCACGUGACACGGAACGUGUCUCCGCACGUGACGCAACACGUGUCCCCGCACGUGACGCAACACAUAUCCCCGCAAGUGACGCAACACGUGACUCCGCACGUUACGCAACACGUGACAACGCAAGCGCCCACCCCCGCGCCCGUCAACGCGCACGCGCAGCCCCAAGCGUUCGCAACUGCGAACGCGGUACCACCGCAACCGGCGCCACGCAAGCUCAGCCAGACGCAGACCAAUGGACAGGCGGGAACGAAACCGGCAACUAACAGUACGGGCACGCCUCUAACUCCCGGCGCCAAUAAAUUGCACGGCUCUAGCGACGACGUGUUCGACGACAUCCAGCCGUCGCGGCCGAUCACGAGCGAGGAGUUCCAAGCGAUGAUACCGGCGCACUUCCUUGGCGGGCCGCGGCCCGAGUCGCCGUCGGCGGCGGCGGCGGGGGCAGGGGGCCGCGGGGUGCGCGUCACCGUGCAGCGCCCGCCGCCGCCCACUCUGCCGCCGGCGCCCACCGCGCCCGGACGCUUCACCGAAACCAUCACAAAGUCGACUUUCACGGAGACGACGGUCACGCGCAUCACCGACAACCGCCUGCACGAGCCGCUCAUCAUCGAAGAGGUGACGUUACUGAAGGAAGGUGGUUCCCUUGGGUUUAGCAUCAUCGGUGGUACCGAUCACUCCUGCGUACCGUUUGGUGGGAAAGAGCCGGGCAUUUUCAUUUCACACGUAGUCCCGGGGGGCGUGGCGGCCCGCUCGGGAAAGCUGCGCAUGGGCGACCGCCUGCUGAAAGUGAACGGCGUCGAGUUGGCCGGCGCCACGCACCGCGACGCCGUGCAGCUGCUUCUGCAGCCGGGGCCGACCCUGGCGCUCACCAUAAGGCACGACCCCCUGCCGCCCGGAUUCCAGGAGUUAACGAUAAUAAAGCAAGAAGGCGAGAAGUUAGGCAUGCAUAUCAAGGGAGGUCUUAACGGACAACGCGGCAACCCCAACGAUCCGAACGAUGAAGGAGUCUUCAUAUCGAAGAUUAACAGCGGCGGCGCGGCGAGGAGGGAUGGACGACUAAAGGUGGGCAUGCGGCUGCUCGAGGUGAACGGCGCCUCGCUACUGGGCGCUACCCACGGCGAGGCGGUGAACGCGCUGCGGGCCGCCACCCACGCGCCCCUGCACCUCGUCGUCUGCCACGGGUACAGUCGCCCCGAAAAGUACACCACCGGUAGCGAGAGCGGGACGGCUGACACUGGCGGCUCUCUUUCUCACUCCACAUCGAGCCUGGACAGAGAUGAAACCUUGCACCAACACCAACAGGAGCAACAAUAUCAACAGGACCUAGUUGAGUUUGAACAAGAGAAACAAGUCGCAGUAACGAGGGAAAAAUCUACCCCUGAAAAGGUGAUGGACAUCGUGCACGCCGUGGAGUGCAUCGGGCUAGAACCGGCGCCGCCCACCUCGCCCGAGCCCCACCACAAGACCACCACCGUCGUCAUGUCCAAGCACACGCUCCAGCCUCAGACGUCUGGUCCGCAAGCGGCGGGCCCGUCGCCGCUCGCCGUGUUCACACAGCAGAAAGUGAGGGCGGCCACGCCCCUCGGGCUGGCCACGCCCCCGGCAGUGGCGCCGCCCACACAGCGGCUGAGGUCCGACGACGGCACCCCCGUCGACGCGCCGCACCCCGCACACCCCUCCCCCCGCCCGGCGCACCCGCCGCCCCCUCCGCCCGCCAAACAGAGGCCCCAAGUGCCGCGCAAGCCGAACCCGAAGCGAGUUAGUUUCACCAGCGACCACCACACCGACGAGCGCGGAUGGCGCUCGCCGUCUACACACGAAACAGAGACCGCUCGUACCCCACCGCAUGUGGGAAUGCAUGACGACAUCGCAGAAAACGCCCCCGCUACGACUAACGAUGCAUGCACGGACGGCCCGAUACUAAUCCAUAGCCGACUGCCGAGAGCGGAGGCGGCGGUCGCGCGACCGGCUCCGGCCCCGGUGCUCCCCGAGGACUUUAUCAUCCCCCCUCCGCCUCUGUUCGAGACUAAAGUAAGUCAAAGCCAGCUGAUAGGGCGGGACGAGUGCGAGCUCAGUACGCCGCUCAUCUCCCUGAUACCCGAACGCAUAGUGCUACCCGAGCCGGUCAUAGCCGAAACAACCAUGCAGUCGUCGAACUCGACCAACUCCCCCGAAUCCGAGUUCCCGCCCCCCGUCAACUACGGCGCACACCCGACGCUCACGCCCCCCGAGGAGCCACGCUCCGUGAUCAUAUCCGAGGUGCCCUCCUAUCAAGUCUUCCGACACGCCGAUCUUCCCUCGUCCGACACCGACGUGUUCUAUAACGAGCUGUCCGCCAGUCCCGACGGGGAGCCCGAGCCGCCCGAACUUUUGCAAGUGCAGCUCAAGACGCUGCCGACAGUCUCGCAUAUACCCAAUUCCCCGUGCAUUUUGCACCCGAACCUCGGCUACGAGGACGUUCAGAAUCACAAUCAAACGCACGCCUCACUCAGGGACCUCAGAAUAAAAAGCAUCCCCCCCAACAUGGUGCACUCCACGACCUACCCGCCAAACAAUCCGUUCCCAUCCCUAACGACGGUGGCCGGCACGUACAACCCGUAUACGCAGCCCGUGCCGGUCCGCAUCAACCAAACCGACCACCCGGCUUACAAUCCCAAACCGUACCGCCCCGUCGCCUCGCCCAUAGAGAGAGAUAUAAACGCGAACCUCACCCAAACCGCACCCCUAUAUGGGGACACGGACGAUACACCUAAAGGUGUCCAAUCAGAGAGAAGAGUCCGCUUUGGCGAAGUGACGACUGCGCCAGAGUCCGAUAGACCGUCGCAAAGUACGGAGCCGGUGGGAGAAGGGAGCCCCUCGCCCACGACCCUGAAACCCGCAUGGAGCAGCAAAAUCAAAUCCUUCGCCAUCGGCGAGGCUUCCCCACCUCAUUCUGGUAAUUUUGUGAAAGCUUCGGUCAGUGAUAAGAAAAAGUUCUUCGAGAACGCUAUGGAAGAAAGCCACAAAUCGUCACCUAGACCAGAAAAAGUUUUCACGUUCCUGUCAGCGGAUGAGGUGGAGAAAUUGAAGCAAGAAGAGGAGAGAAAGAUGGCGUCUCUAUCGCGCGCAGAGCUCGGCUCGUGGUCACAAGGGGAGGACCGGCAGAGUGGAGACAGCUCGCAUUCCGACGACGAGCCUUACGAGAACGGCCAUAGCGUGUCCGCGGGCGGUGUCAGUCCGUCGGCGAAGUCGCAGCGGCGUCGCGCCGAACGGGAGGGGAGCGCGGGCGAGGACGCGGAGGCGAGAGCGGCGAGGCGGGCGGCGUGGCGCGCGGCGCGUCUGCGCUCGCUCGAACAGGAAGCCCUAGAAUCACAAAAAGUUAUAAAAAGCAUGGUUGGUCCCGCAAGUGAAAUCAUAGGAGAAGUGCCUUCUAGGGACAAAUCGCCGUCAGAGAAAUGGCCCCUGCCGCGUAUCGCGUUGCGUACAAAACCGGGCCCGAUACUCGCCGUCAGGGAGAAGGAAAAGUUGUUAGACGAGAGAAUAACGCUACGCACGGAGGAAUACGUGUGCCCGGCCACUGGCGAGACAAAAGUGCGCACCGUCGAGUACAUUGAGAAAGUGAUUGAGAAAGAGGUGGAGACGACGCAGGAGAAAAUUAUAUCACUCGAACUGACGACCAGUCCGAGCAGUGAGAACGCGCCAACCGACCUUGAGGGCAACGGGGUCAGCCUCGGCGAGGGGGAAAUUGGCGAGGACUCCCUCCAGCCGGACAUUGUCCAGGUCGUGAACCCACUGUUGGACGGCGGCGUUGGGACGGUCACGGCCAUCCCAGUGGGGCCGGCUCAUCGACUCACAGCCUACACAGAGACACCGCAA